CCGCAAAGAAGAGGAUAAAAUUUUAUGCUCUCACUGUCUGUGUUUCAGAAGACCCACCCAAAACCAAGAAGAAAUAAAUAAUUCAAACCUUUUUCAUUUUUCAAUUUUAUUUGAUUGGAUGGGGACUCUCACCAGCUUUAGUUUUAACGCCGUGAACUUGAGGUUCACUUCCAGUUCAAUUUUCCGCCAAAGAGUUGGGGUCCAAGUCUUCGGGUCCAGGAAAUUGAACACCAAGUUAUGUUAUUUAAUCCCCAAGGAAGUUUCUCGGGAAAAGUUUCUCAAAUUUAGGUGUUUUUGCGCCACUAAUAAUAGUAAUAAUGACGCUGAUUACACCCAAAAUGAUGGAGAGAUUAAGGAGGAUAGUAGUAAUACUGCUUCAUCCACGGAAUCCACCGUCACGACGGCGUCGCCGCCCGAAGAUAAGGCUGUGCAGGAGAAACGCACCAGUAAUGAGCUGCCUCCGUCCCUUUCCUCCAGGCCACCAAACAUAGCUCCUCUUGGAUCAGUCUACAAUGAUUUCCAAAUUGAUUCUUUUAAAUUGAUGGAGCUUCUUGGACCUGAGAAAGUUGAUCCUGCUGAUGUAAAGCUAAUUAAGGACAAGCUUUUUGGCUAUUCGACGUUUUGGGUGACUAAAGAAGAGCCAUUUGGAGACCUUGGUGAGGGCAUCCUAUUUCUAGGAAAUCUAAGAGGGAAGAGAGAAGAUGUUUUUACCAAACUCCAGACUCAACUGGCUGAGAUCGUGGGUGAUAAAUACAAUCUUUUCAUGGUUGAGGAGCCUGAUUCUGAAGCCCCAGACCCGCGUGGUGGACCACGAGUGAGUUUCGGUUUGCUGAGGAAAGAGGUGUCAGAACCUGGACCAACUACACUUUGGCAGUAUGUGAUAGCUAUUUUGCUGUUCCUCCUGACUAUAGGUUCCAGUGUGGAGUUAGGUAUUGCAUCUCAGAUAAACCGACUUCCUCCAGAGGUUGUAAAAUACUUUACAGAUCCAAAUGCAGUUGAUCCACCAGAUAUGGAACUACUAUACCCAUUUGUAGAGUCAGCAUUGCCCCUGGCAUAUGGUGUUUUGGGUGUUCUUUUAUUUCAUGAACUUGGGCAUUUUCUGGCUGCUUUUCCAAAGAAAGUAAAACUAAGCAUUCCUUUUUUUAUUCCGAACAUCACUCUUGGAAGCUUUGGAGCUAUUACUCAGUUCAAAUCUAUUCUUCCUGACCGUAGUACCCAAGUUGACAUUUCCCUUGCGGGUCCAUUUGCUGGUGCUGCACUGUCUUUUUCAAUGUUUGCUGUUGGUUUGUUGCUUUCAUCAAAUCCGGAUGCAGCUGGGGAUUUGGUGCAGGUUCCUAGCAUGCUGUUUCAGGGUUCAUUGCUUCUUGGACUCAUAAGUAGAGCAACCCUUGGUUAUGCGGCAAUGCAUGCUGCAACAGUAUCAAUUCAUCCACUUGUGAUUGCAGGAUGGUGUGGCUUAACCACGACAGCUUUUAAUAUGCUUCCUGUGGGGUGUCUUGAUGGUGGACGGGCUGUGCAGGGUGCUUAUGGAAAGGGCGCACUGGUCGGGUUUGGUCUGACAACAUACACACUGCUUGGAUUAGGAGUGAUUGGAGGACCUUUAUCGCUUCCUUGGGGUCUGUAUGUGCUGAUAUGUCAGAGGACUCCCGAAAAACCCUGCUUAAACGAUGUAACCGAGGUUGGAACAUGGAGGAAAACAGCGGUUACGGUCGCUGUUUUCCUUGUUGUGUUGACCCUACUUCCUGUAUGGGAUGAGCUUGCUGAAGAGCUAGGUAUAGGCCUUGUAAGUACAUUUUGAUGUGUUAUACAUAUAUAUAUCAUAUGUUCAGAAAGAAUUUAAGAGUAAAGCCAAUUUUGACAUAAAAAGCCAAAUAUAAUUCAGAUGACAGCCAUUAACUCUUGCCUUUGAUAGUUCAUAAUUUUGGUUCCAGAUUCAUUGGGGAACUCAACUUUCUACAUUUAUUGUAACUUAUUCCUAGAAAAUUAGAUAUGAUAUCUUUGCUGAUUUUCUUUUC